AGGGACCCUGAGCGCUGCGCGAUUGGCCCGGGCGCGCCUUCAGUCUCCGGACGCGUCGCCGCCCUCGUUUCCGACCGCCCAGAGACCGGCAGUGGCAUUGGUGCUGGCGGGGCCGCGGUAGAGGGCAGCGUGCGCCCUGCUCGCUACUGCUCACCCGCGGGUCGGCGCGCUCGCCCAGCUGAGGGGCGACCAGAGCUGCGGGGCGGCCGGGCUGCACCUCAGCCGCCUCCUGGGAAGCAGAGGCAGCCAGUCCCAGAUCCGGGAUGGGGAACGGGCGAAGUUGACGAGCCCCUGACCCCCACUGCGCCCCUUCUGCCCCGAGGAGUGCUGCCUUCCCCAGGAGGUCCCGGACACGGCCCUGCUCCAGGUGUGCGCGGGACACCCUGCGUCCCGGGGCCCGAAAACUUCACCCCAAGUCCGCAGAGUGGGCUCCGAGGGCGGUGCCCGGAGCUAGACUCUCGACUACGCUCGCGGGGAGCGUAUCCUGGAGGCUCUUGCGGCCGUCGGAGGGCGGAGACCCACUGGAAACUUUAUCACCAUCACAGUAAUUACUACGUGUUACUGUUUCUCUCCCCGCAGGGGCUGCAGCCAACGGGCUGUCGCGCGUGCUCCUUCGGCGAAGGAGACCCCCAAGGGCGGAGACCACCCGGAGAGUUGCUUCCCCAGUGGAUACCUGCAGCCCAGCCGACGGGCUUGGGCGGCCUGGAUGCGCAGGACCCAGCCCCGCAGCCGCUGACGCCGGGCGGCGGCGAAGUUUGGCUGCUGAGCGGCGCGGCGCGGGGCCACUGCACGGAGGGCGGCCGGGCGGCCGCGGCGGCGGGCGCGAUGCCGGUGGGGGGCCUGUUGCCGCUCUUCAGCAGCCCCGCGGGCGGCGGCCUGGGCGGGGGGCUCGGCGGCGGCAGCGGCGGCAGCAGGAAAGCAUCGGGCCCCGUCGCUUUCCGCCUCACGGAGAAGUUCGUACUGCUGCUGGUGUUCAGCGCCUUCAUCACGCUUUGCUUCGGGGCGAUCUUCUUCCUGCCCGACUCCUCCAAGCUGCUCAGCGGGGUCCUGUUCCACUCCAGCCCCGCCCUGCAGCCGGCCGCCGACCACAGACCUGGGCCUGGGGCGCGCGCCGAGGACACGGAGCGAGCUGGGCGAGGCGAGGAGGGCGCGCCCGGGGACCAGGAGGCCGCCCUGGAGGACAACUUGGCCAGGAUCCGCGAAAACCACGAGCGGGCUCUCAGGGAAGCCAAGGAGACCCUGCAGAAGCUGCCGGAGGAGAUCCAAAGAGACAUCCUGCUGGAGAAGGAGAAGGUAGCGCAAGACCAGCUGCGUGACAAGGCGCUGUUCAGGAGGCUGCCCCCGGUGGACUUCGUGCCACCCGUCGGGGCAGUUGGCAGGGAGCCGGCCGACGCAGCCAUCCGCGAGAAGAGGGCAAAGAUCAAAGAGAUGAUGAAACAUGCUUGGAAUAAUUAUAAACGUUAUGCCUGGGGAUUAAAUGAACUGAAACCUGUAUCAAAAGAAGGCCAUUCGAGUAGUUUGUUUGGUAAUAUCAAAGGAGCUACAAUAGUAGAUGCCCUAGAUACACUUUUUAUUAUGGAAAUGAAACAAGAAUUUGAAGAGGCAAAAUCAUGGGUUGAAGAAAAUCUGGAUUUUAAUGUGAAUGCUGAAGUUUCUGUUUUUGAAGUAAAUAUACGCUUUGUUGGGGGACUACUCUCAGCCUACUAUCUGUCUGGAGAAGAGAUAUUUCGAAAGAAAGCAGUGGAACUUGGGGUAAAAUUGCUACCUGCAUUUCAUACUCCCUCUGGAAUACCUUGGGCAUUGCUGAAUAUAAAAAGCGGGAUUGGAAGAAACUGGCCGUGGGCCUCAGGAGGCAGCAGUAUUUUGGCAGAAUUUGGAACUCUGCAUUUGGAGUUUAUACACUUAAGCCACUUAUCCGGAAACCCCAUCUUUGCUGAAAAGGUAAUGAAUAUUCGAACAGUACUGAAUAACCUGGAAAAGCCACAAGGCCUUUACCCUAACUAUCUGAAUCCCAGCAGUGGACAGUGGGGUCAAUAUCAUGUAUCAGUUGGAGGACUUGGAGACAGCUUUUAUGAAUAUUUGCUGAAGGCCUGGUUAAUGUCUGACAAGACAGAUCUAGAAGCUAAGAAGAUGUAUUUUGAUGCUGUUCAGGCAAUUGAGACUCACUUGAUCCGCAAGUCUAGUAGGGGGCUGACUUACAUCGCGGAGUGGAAAGGCGGCCUCUUGGAACACAAGAUGGGCCACCUGACCUGCUUUGCUGGGGGCAUGUUUGCACUUGGGGCAGAUGAUGCUCCUGCAGGCCUGACACAACACUACCUUCAACUUGGGGCUGAAAUUGCCCGGACCUGUCAUGAAUCUUACAAUCGCACAUUUAUGAAACUGGGACCAGAAGCUUUCAGAUUUGAUGGUGGUGUGGAAGCCAUUGCUACAAGACAAAAUGAAAAAUACUACAUCCUACGGCCAGAGGUUGUGGAGACUUACAUGUACAUGUGGCGACUGACUCAUGAUCCAAAGUACAGGAAGUGGGCCUGGGAAGCUGUAGAGGCCCUGGAAAAUCACUGCAGAGUGAACGGGGGCUAUUCCGGCCUCAGGGAUGUUUACCUCAAACAUGAGAGUUACGAUGAUGUGCAGCAAAGUUUCUUCCUAGCAGAAACACUGAAAUAUUUGUACUUAAUAUUUUCUGAUGAUGACCUACUUCCCCUGGAACAUUGGAUCUUCAAUACCGAGGCACAUCUACUCCCUAUACUCAAUAUGAAUAAAAAGGAAGUUGAAGUCAAUGAAAAAUAGAAGGACAUUUUGUAUUUUACUCUGCUCCAUUCCCUUCACUACAUACCUUAAUAAUUCCUUUUCUGGUAUUUGGCCAAAUUUUUAUUAAUAGUUCUGUGAUUAUUAUAAGUUCUAAAAUUGUUUUGCAGUCUUUUAUGUUUAUUAUCAUAGGCAUAGAAGCACCUAAAUUCCUUAUCAUAUCCUUUAUUAUUCAGUCAGUGGAUCACAGGAUUUUUUCCUUAAGUAACCUCUGGAGUUCAUGAAGGGUGUGGUAUCACUUUUAUUAAACUGAAUAGAAUGGUAUACCAGUGACCUCUUAAUUACAAUUUUGAUUUGACUGCAAAACUCUUUCCUCCUCUAUGAGGAGAUGAUGUCUGCUUUAAGCUGUAAUGUUUUGCCAUGUUGCAAAAAGCCAUAAUAGUAAAUUAAAUAUUAAAAAAGCUUUUUCCUUUUCAAUGUUAUGUUAAUCUGGUUUGUCUAUCCACCAGAGACAGAUCUUGUAACUGUGACAGCCUCCUUACGCGGGUCUAUCUUAUUUGAUAGAAUGUCUUCUAAAAUACUUCACUCACAUUGUAAUUCAAAUUAGAAUGUCAUCCCAAAGGAUCACCUCAUGUUGACCUCAUUCCAUUGGAACCACAGUAUAUUUUUGUUGGUUAAUUAGUGUUUCCUAAUUUGUGAAUUAGUUCUUGAAUUUUACUUUAAAUGUCCUGUGUCAUUUCUGGAUCAUGUACUGGUAAAUUUUUUCCAUUCCCACCACACAGCAAAAGGAGCCUUCAAGUUUUGCAGAGCUCUGCUAUGAAUGAUUAUACGUCUAAAAGAGAAUAGUAUAACUUUUAAUGUGCCAGCUUUUGCUUUUAACUGAAUAUAUAGAGAAAUUGAGUAUCUCUAAAGAGAGGGUGAAUAUUUCAUAUAGUUUUUGGUUUGCAUUUCAUCUUUAAUUUAUUUUCUUAAAAAGAAAGCAUUGCAUUUGGUUCAGAUUUUUCAGAUUUGAAAAGGGCCCUUUCUAAAAUGGAGUAAAUUAAUUUCAUUUCAAUUUAUAAAAGCAGGAUUUACCUUUGAAAAAGCUUUGCCAGUGUAUCUAUUCAUGGUCAAUUGAGAAAAAUCUAAUAAACUUUUAGGCCAAAUAAGAAUAUAGUAUAUUUUUUCAGGUGAAAUUUAACAUAGAGAUUCCAUCUUAGGAGCAAUAUGUAGGAAUGGACACUCCCAAUCCCCAACAGUCCUGUAGCAGAUGAAAAUAAUUACAUGAUUCUUCAUUACGAAGAACAUUAUUUAGAGAUAUGAGUGGUUUUUCCCAAGAAUAGAUUUAGUGACACCUCAUAUUUUUAUAUCAUAUUGUUUUCAUAUCUUAUAUAUAUUCCCAUGAAAGGGCUAAUAUGAUGAUACAUAUACUGAGGUACAAAGACUUUGACCACCUACAUUGGUAUAUGUGAAAGGAUAAAUUGAUAAAAUUAGUAAAUGAAAAACUAUAUCAUUAUUGCCAUGCUUAUGUGUUUCUGUGACCCAGAAUAACUUCUUCUACUCACAUUUUCAGCUCACUUUAUAAAGUAAAUGCAUAGUGAGAAUCCUCUUUUCCCAGCACUUAAAGGCAAAUUAUAAAAGAUCAUUGCCAAAAUUGGGCCAUAUGUAUUUAGAUUAUAAUUUCAUAUGAAUAUCCUUGGACUAGCAAUUUAAUUUAUUUUAUUUUCACUUUGCUUUCAAAGAGCACAAAGUUUAUAUGUAUUUCUGCAGCAGAUGGGAUAUUAAAACCAGGUUGUAUGUACACACUACAGUGUACCUUUUGUGUCUGGGUAUAAACAGGCAAGGAGAUUGUACUACAUGUUGCUCUGCCAAUGGCCAGAACAGAGUUUUGUCAGUUCUGGAACUUGGAUUUUUUAACUUAAGUCCCAAAACACCAAAAAUGCAAACAAGAUAAAGAGAUUACUAUUAUGGUGAUGUAGUUUAAUUAAAGUUACACUUUGUGUUAUUUUAAACAACUGAAGUCCUUACAUAGACAGCUGUUUUUCAUUCAUUUUCAGCUAAACUGUGCAGUUAAGUUUACAUAUGUAUUCACAUCCUAAAAGGUGAAUGAUUGAAAUAGCCCUUAAUUUUGUGUUCCUGCAUAUUUUUUGGUAUACUUUGUGUGAUUAAUAUUACACAUAUAAAUUGUAUGGCAAUUUACAGAACACUGAUGUUUGUCAUGACUCCUUCAUAGUUAGUAUCCAUUCUUUCCAUUGAUUGUUUUUGAUUUGUACAUAAAUCUAUUCUGUCACUUCAAACUUUAUAUAAAUCUCUGAUGUUAUGGGAAACAUAAUAGAUUGACACAUAAUUUUUAAAAACUAUAUUUGUAAAAUUUCUCUAUUGUGAAUAAAGCCUUUUAAUAUAUCUCCUCA